AUGCCUUUCUUUCAAAUGCCAUCCCUGCGUGCAAUUUUGAUUAACAACCUCAUUGACCCAAGCUCCGGACUCGGCACGGAGUAUAAGGGCCCCAUGGGCUCCUCGACCAUCACAGACAUUGAUUUGCGCGAAAGCUGCGCCAACAAUGGUAUGAAUAAACUCAUAUUCUCGUGUGCGGCCCUCAGAUCUUUCAAAUAUCAGCACUCGGAUUUGCCUGUUGCAUCCAUCGGGUAUCAUCCAGAAAGGCUUUACCACUCCUUGAUGCGGCACAGGGAAACUCUAGAGGUAUUAUGGCUGGACCAUAAUGGAAAGCAUUACCCGUAUACCGCAGCCGGGCUUAAUCAGACCUACAAACAAUGGAUUGGGUCUUUCGCAGGAUUUACUGCUCUUCGAGAACUCCGCAUCCCAUUGCAUAAUCUCCUCGAUAUUCGAUUUAGAAGCGUACCGGCCACGCCCCUCUUUGAAUGUCUUCCUUCGUCACUGGAAUCAAUUCACAUCGAAGGCUGCGAUCACAAACUAUUUUCCAUGUUAGUCUUGGAGCUUGGUGCGGUGAUUGCAGAUUGUGACACUCGGUUUCCAAACCUGCAACACGUGGCAAUUGAAGGAAGGCUGCUGGAUCCCACGUCAGUUGAAUCGGGGGGUAUUGACUUUUCAACACCGGACACUCCAGGGCCAGCUUUGAACGGCCACAUUCUGCUGGCUGCCAAAACACUGCAACGAUGUUGUGAUGCAGUCGGCAUUUCCUUACGAAUUUACCAUAACAACGCGCCCACACCCAUUGAAUUGCUCCAUUCCCGGAUGUAA